UUUCUUCUCAUCGAGUAUAAAAGUAUAAGAACUCACUGUUUUGCCAUUAAUCGGUUGCUAACAACUAGAGUGAUAACAGACUGCUCCACUUACGAGAAAUAAAAUAGUAAAUAUGAGAGGAUUCUCGGUUUUAUUGUUGGCUGUUUUCGCCGCAGCCGUUUCGAUAAGUUAUGCUGCAGACGCAGCAGCUGCUGCAGACGCAGGUGCUGCAGCAGCUUCUGGUGCAACAAGUGGUGCCGGAACAGGCGCUGCAGCAGGUUCAGAAGCAGCAAGUGCUGCUAAUUCUUCAAGCACUGCCGCAGCUGGUGCAGGUUCUGGAGCAGCCACAGAAGCGGGAAGUGCUGCUGGAUCUGCUGCAAAUGCUGGUAGUACUGCUGGAUCGGCUGGAGAUGCUGCAAGUGGUGCUGGAUCCCAAGCAGCUAGUGCAGCAACUGCAGGUGCUGGAUCCUCGGCUGGUGUUGGCAGUAUGUUAAAUAAAGUUCCUGUUGCUGGAGGUUUGAUUAGCGGAAUAUUGGGUGGAAGUUUAUCUGAUAUUCUCCAUAAAAUACCAAUAGCAGGAGAUCUUUUCAGAUGAAAUAUUUAAAUACUUGUUUUUUAAGUACUUGUCACUCUUUUUCGUCAUUUAUAUUUAGAUCAAAUUAUUGCUGAAUAAUUUUAGUUUUUUUAUUGUUACGAUACUGUAAAUUCUCAGAUGUAUUAAUGAGUGAUUAAAAUUUUUUUUUUAAUUUA